AUGAUCCCCGGGGCCCCCGCGACCACCACCAUGCUCCCCGCGUCCGAGGCUGCCAAGAUCUACCAGACCAACUACGUGCGCAACUCGCGCGCCAUCGGCGUGCUGUGGGCCAUCUUCACCAUCCUCUUCGCCAUCGUCAACGUGGUGUGCUUCAUCCAGCCGUACUGGAUCGGCGACGGCGUGGACACGCCGCAGGCGGGCUACUUCGGGCUGUUCCACUACUGCAUCGGCAACGGGCUGUCCCGCGACCUCACCUGCCAGGGCAGCUUCACCGAGUUCAGCACCAUCCCCUCCGGCGCGUUCAAGGCCGCCUCCUUCUUCAUCGGCAUGUCCAUGGCGCUGGUGCUCACCUGCAUCGGCUGCUUCGCGCUCUUCUUCUUCUGCAGCACCGGCACCGUGUACAAGAUCUGCGGCUGGAUGCAGCUGGCUGCAGGCACGUGUCUGAUCCUGGGCUGCAUGAUCUACCCGGACGGCUGGGACAGCGACGAGGUGAAGCGGAUGUGCGGCGAGCAGACGGACAAGUACACGCUGGGGGCGUGCUCGGUGCGCUGGGCCUACAUCCUGGCCAUCAUGGGCAUCCUGGACGCCCUCAUCCUCUCCUUCCUGGCCUUCGUCCUGGGGAACCGCCAGGACAGUCUGAUGUCCGAGGAGCUGCUGGGAGAAAAGAGCGGAAACAACGCCAUUUAACUUUUGUCAUGGGUCUUGCCGCCUAGACGUGAUGUUACUUCAGGACCCAGCUUCCCCUCUCCUGGUCCGGCUCGUAGCUGAGAUGCAGAGCUGAUGUGUGAACGGAUCAAAGAAGAGAGAAAAGAGAAAAAAGAAAAGAAAAGAAAAGAAAAGAUGAUGCGGAGGAGGUCACGAGGUCAUCACGCAGCCUUUGCUGAGGAGACCAGGAUGUCCUCUCGUCCUCCCGCUGUAUAAUAGCCUCAUCACUCAUUUUGAAACUGCUCAUUUCUGCAGGUUGAACUCUCAAAGACUUUUAUAAACUGUCACUGCAUCACCUCGCCCCGAGCUGCUGGGACUGAGAUCCCCCUCCGCGUGGACGGGGCGGAGGCCGCCUGGUGCGCAGGGCGGGUUGGGGGGGGGGAUAAAUAAAAGACUCGUGCGGUUAAUUAGCUCCAGGACACUUGUUGGACCAACACCACGGAGUGGCGGCUGCUCAAAUGGAAUCAAGUCAAGAGAAAUUACCCAGACUCCGAGCCACGCAAAUGGGGACUCAACAGACUUGACUGUCAAGUCGUCUUUCUCAUCGCGUCAGCGUGACGGGAGUUGACACGGUUCGACCUUUCACGUCGUCAGCUGCGAGCGGUGACGACUGGAGACGUUUCCAGGCGGGACAAAUAAAGCUUUUGUGUGGUCAUAAUUAAAUGUUUGAUGUGAUAGAGUUAUUAAUAAUUAGAGGUUUCGCUGGUGACGACCUUGCAGAGAAAAGAAAAAAGGAUUAAAAAGAGAUGCGCCAAAUACAAGACAACGUCAAUUGUAUGGAGACUGUAAUCUGUGUAUACUUACUUACUGUUGAUCAUGUCCUUGUGCUGACUUUGAAACUGGUGCAUUAUCAGAUUCAUCUGGUAAUCUGACAGUGUUGCGGUGAACUGAGAGGGCGAAAGAAAAGAUACAUUGGGCAUGAAACCGUUUUGCUUUUACAUCAUCUUUUCACUAUACAGCUUAAAAAACAAUAAAUAAACUAGCAACAGUCUUAACAUUUACAUUAAAACUGUUAGAGUGUGACUCAACUAAAGAAAUUGACAACUUUAAAGUCAAACACCUGACAUUUUGGGGAGAGGGCUUACUGGCUAGCUUACUGGCUAGCUUACGUCACUAGCGUUAGCUAAGAAAAACUGGGACGCGCCAAUUGACCAGGCUCUGUGAAAGUACAAAAAAUCAAAAAGAAAUUUAAUGAAAUAAUAAAAUACACAACAGCAACACCUCAGAAAUUCACUUCUUUGUUCAACCUGUCCAAAAACUGAAGUGUAAAAAUGAAUUUACCCGUUUUGUAGCAAGCUACGUUUUUUGGCUAUUUUAGCCGUAGCCGCCAGGUCAACCCGAGUUUAGCCAAGUUACAGCGAGUUGUGUCCAAGAAAUAGACAAUAGACAAAUAAAAGCCCAUAAAAUGGUGAUUAGUUAUUUUAAAAAUGUAACCAAAUGAGACAUAACCUGUUAAUUAUUGAGCUUUAGAGGUGCAGGCAUGUUAUUUAAGAUACUUUCAGAGCUAGCAUGGCAUUAUGCUAAUCUUAGCUAAUGUUCGGUGAUCCAUCAAAUUCUGUGACCUGGUUGUCAGAAAUUGAAUUCAUAAAUAUUUUUAUCAACUCGGUAUAUAAAAUGUUUUCAUCUGGAAAAAUCUUUUAAUCUUUUAAUCCUUCCGUCUAUUGUAAACUUUCCCCGUUUCCCGCUGCUCAUCCAGGUCCCGGACGUGUUCAAUAAUGAAUUGAUAACAUCACGAAUCAUUGAUUCGUACCACCGAGGAGCGCGGACGAAAUAAUGUGAUGUACAGUAAAUGUCAAUAAAUUAGUACGCUUGUUUAGUUUCUCUGGGCAGUAUGAGCAGCCGGUGAAUGAAUUACAUUGUGUGUGUAAUGAAAAGUUUUAAAUGUGUCUUGGUGAACCCCGCAGUGUACUUUAUUUUGAUAAAUAGACCUAAUGGAAGAAGAUUUACAAAAAUUCUGAAUUUGUGACACUAUCCAGAUAGAUACAAAGUUGUUUUUUUGUUUUUUUCUAUAGAUGUGGGUUACAGCUUUCAAAAGCAAAGUCACAAAAUCUGAUGUGACAAAAAAUUGGGUGAAACACGAGAUCAAAGUUGUACAAAGGUAAUGUGUGUUUCACAAAAUUAAAAAAUAGCAAAUGCCAGAUUUUGUUAGGAAUGUGUUGCUUCUGUUAAAAUGAUUCACUGAAAUAUAUGUGAUGCAUUCAUGUUUACAUUUUACACGUACUUUGGCUUUGCAAUAAAGGUAUUUUCUAUUUUCCUCUCAA